AUGUCGCGUACCUACGAGUAUCGCACAACAACCUCGUAUCGACCUCCUCCUACUCAUCACCGACGAUAUACAUACACCGAUAUUCAUCUACCUAACCGCUUUUCAACAUCGUACUCCCAUUACCGAGACCCGCCUCAUCGAGAUCAAUACUGCACUUCCUCAUCUUCCUUGCCUUCUCCAUCGCCUACUCCAUAUUCACGCUCAGCUUUUGGUCCAAGAAAUCCUGUUUCGACGGCGUAUACGGUCGUUUCUCCUGUUCAGUGUACUUGCGGUUCAUGUACUCCAUAUAUCAACUCCUGUUCACCUCCCUGCUGUCAUACUCCGGUAUCUUAUACGUCUUGUGCUGGAUGUGUUGGAUGUGCUGGAUGUUGUAUCCCUGGAUUUCCGGUACUGAGAGCAGGUACGCCAGGGAUUUGUGUUGAUGAUGCUGGGAAGUUGGGGGGAAGAAGGGCGGGACGGAGGGUUUCGUUUGAGGGGGAAAGGGGGAGGAAUAGGAGUAGAGGACGGGCAAGGGAUUCGAGGGAAGUGAGGGAGAGGACGCCGACGCCUUAUUAUGAGGAUCAUGUUAGGACUGAAAGAAGGAGUGAUAGAAGUAGCAGAAGAAGGGGGAGUAGAGAAAGGGAAAGAGAAAGAGGUAGGGAGUUCGAGAGGGUGGUGGAGUAUGAUUAUAUUGAGCCGAUACCGGUACCAGUUGUCAGAGAGAGGGAGAGGGAGAGAGUUGUAGACUACGUAGAUGGGGAUGGAAAUGGAGCUCGAGAAGGGAGGGACAGGAGCAGGAACAGAAGUAGGGAGAGAGGAAGAGAAACGAGCAGAGUUCGAUAUGUGACGACGACUAUUCCUCGCGCUAGAUCUAGAUCUAGAACUAUAUCUCGAGAUAGGAGAAGAACGAUAUACUAUGUGAAUAGGGGAAAUGGCCGAGAAAGGAGUAGAAGCGGAAGGGAAAGGGAAAGGGGAAGGGAAAGAACAAGAUUAGAUAGUGAUGAGGAGGAGGUAGAGAGGGAGGUGAGGGUUAGGAGGAGAUAUAGUGUUGGGGGUUUGGCGGAGGGGCAAGGUGUGAGAUUUAGGUUUGCCGAGUGA